UCGGGCUCACGGCGUCGGCGGUGUUUUCGUCGUGGAUGUGGAUCAACGAGACGGUGUUUGCGGCGGCUAUGUGCUAUCGGUUUGGGCUGGCGGUGCCGUUGGUGAGGACUUCUUUUUACUUGCUUGCUUAUUUUCUUUUUCUGAUGGGGGUUGAGUACCGGGUUUGGCUGUGGUAUGGCUUGUAGUAUAUGUCUUAGGUACCUAUAUAGGCGGGAAGGAGUGGAAUGGACAAGAGUAUAAGCUAAUAUGGGUGAUCACAGUGGUGGGCGACAGGUCUCUGCUUCCAGAUCGCGCUGAUGGCGGCGCUUGGAGUACUGGCUAAGAUACGAGUGCCCUACGCGCAUACGUCGCUCGAGAUUAUCAAGAUGCGAUAUGGCAGGGUAGGGCAUGUGGUGUUCAUCGUGUUGAACCUGACUAACAACGUGUUUGGGUGUGCGUCUAUGAUUCUCACGGGCUCGCAGCUUAUUUACGGUAUUUCGGGCAUGCAUUUCGUUGCGGCUACUGUUCUCAUUCCCCUCGGUGUGGUGCUGUAUACCGCCGUGGGCGGCCUUAAAGCUACCUUCCUUACGGAUUAUAUCCAUACUACCGUCGCCCUGGUUCUCAUCAUGUACUUCACGUUAAGCAUCCUGACUCAUGAAGCCAUAGGCGGGCUCGGGGGUCUUUACGACAAGGUGAUGGCGACGGCAGCCGAGAACUACAUCCCCGGUAACUUUGAGGGGUCACUUCUCACGAUGAAAUCUAAGGAUGCUAUCAUUUGGGGCCUGAUCCUCAAGUUUGGCAACUUGGCUCUUGUGGUCAUGGACACGGCUUUCUGGCAGAAGUCUUUUGCCAGCGAGGUUUCUGCCACUGUACCGGGCUAUAACCUUGCGGCCGUCGCUAUCUUCGGAAUUCCUUGGGGGCUGGGCACUGUUAUCGGUCUGGCUGCGCGAGCUAUUCACAAUACCCCUAUCUUCCCGUCUUAUCCAGGCCAGUUCACGAGCGCCGAAGUCAAUGCUGGACUUGUCAUGCCGUACACAGUCAAGGCGUUAAUCGGCGACCAGGGUAUAGUCGCUUUCUUCGUGCUGUUGUUUAUGGCGUUAACAUCAACCGUCAGUUCGUCCAUGAUUGCUGUGAGUUCUAUCCUGUCGUUCGACGUCUACAAGAACUAUAUAAAUCCCAAGGCAAGCGACAAGCGGCUCCUGAGAGUGAGCCAUCUGGCCGUGGUAGCCCAUGCCAUCUUCAUCACGGGCGUCUCGCUGGCUCUUAACUACGGAGGUGCGGAUAUGACUUGGAUCGGUUACUUCCGUCCUAUCCUCUCAUGUCCGGGCAUCAUCCCCUUAGCCUUGACGUUGUGCUGGUCCGGGCAGACGCGUCUCGCUGCCAUCAUAUCUCCGAUCCUAGGUUUCUUCACUGGUCUCGCUAUAUGGCUAGGUACAGCGCAGGCCCUGUAUGGUACUAUCAACUUAGAGACGACCGAAGCUGGACUGCCGGCAUUAUACGGAGCAUGCGGAUCGUUUUUCUCGCCGGCAAUCUACUCUGUCCUGAUCUCCAAGUAUAAACCCUAUAAGUUCGAUUGGCGCGAGUUCCUGCGCAUCGAACUUGCUGACGAAUUCCGGAUCGAUCCCGAUAGCGCAUCGUCUGUAGAGCAAUCGGAAGAGUCGUCGAUCAGCGAUGAGAAGAAAGAUCCCGGUCAGAAAGAUGGUGAAAAGCACCUCGCGCCUCCUGAACGUGUAUACCUGUCCCGCGAAGCCCAGGCAUCGUCUUCGGAAGAAGUGACUAAAGUGGCAUCGCACAAACUAGAGAAUGCUUCUGGCGAUACAGAGAAGAAGAACCCGCCCAAAGCUACGAUUUCGCCGCGAAAUAACCCCACCGCAAUCCCCCUCGACCAGAUUCAACACCCGUUCAGCGAGGAAACACUGCGGGAGCUGCGGAGAUGGUAUCGUAUCGCAUGGGCCUUCUUCGUCUUCAUCGUGCUAGUAACGUUCGUGGCGUGGCCCAUGCCGCUGUACCGCGACUACGUCUUCACGAAGCCGUUCUUCAGCGGGUGGACUACCGUCGCUAUUGCUUGGCAGUUCUUCUCGUUCCUUGCCGUUGCAGUGUAUCCGCUGUACGAUGGACGUCGCGAGAUUGCUAAGGGUGCUAGGGGCGUGUGGAAUACUACGAGGGGAUAUUUUGGGAAAUCGGCCUCGGCAUGAUGUGGGAUAAUGAAGGGUUAUCUGUAAGCGUGGGUUGGGGCUAGAGGGC